AUGAUUAUAUCACUUGUGAUCACAUCCCUGACCAUCACAUCCCUGAGUCCAGUGUAUGGAGCGGACUUUUGUCAGGCAUUUGUUGAUAAUAACAAUGUCAUAGACUUUGCGUACAGUAACCCAUCGGCCGGUCGUGACUACAAUAGCUUUCUGUUUAUUGGCCGCGACUAUUGGCACGUUUUGGUUGAAGGGUUGGGAGCGACGGGUCAGUUGACGAGCGUUAAGAUCACGGCUCAAACCGCAAGUGUUGUUUCCGAUUGGUUUCCACACGAGAAAUACUCGAUGGCUUUCGCCAUCCCUUAUGGCACCGGAAAACAGGAGUGGAUAACGGGUUUGAUAUAUCAUAAAUCUUCAAUAGAUUGGAUGGCAAUGAAUCUCAAGGGCUAUGAGUUGGAGAAGAAGAGUUCCGGCGAUCAGUGGAAGAAUGGAUCCAUUGAUUUCGGCCAAGACUUUAACCCUUCACUCGCUUUCUACGCCAGUAUUGUCGGUCAUGAUGUCAAUGACGUGUGUUUCGCCGCCCAGACCUCUGUCUCCAAAGGCUCGUACCGACGAGAGUACCGGUGCUAUGAGUUUGACGAUCAGUUGAAGCCAACCAUAAGUACCGAUCGUGUGAUUAAAGGCAUUCAAUCCAAAAUGACUGCCGAUAACGACCCGAAAGCCGCACAACCGCUGACCAGUCUUACGAGUCCGGAGACCAAUCGGCCACUGAUUGCUGUAUUUGUGUUCAAUCUCUUCGACACUAAUAAGACUUUAAUUACUCACUAUUUGUUUCUCUAUAACGAGGAUAAAGUGAUCUCUUAUUGUCAUUCAAAUAACAGUCUCUUUCAUUCAGAGUGUCAACACCCGGACAACUACACAGUGUAUGCCAAUUGUUCCCAAUAUAAAGCCAAACCAACGACAAGCCCUCCUUCCAGACCCACAUCCACAUCAAAUCCUUCCACAUCCACACCAAAGUCCACAGUCGGCGGCAAUAAAUCAGUUUUGGUGAUCGUUAUAAUCGUGGUAUUGGUUAUAGUGGUGGCGAUCAUAGGAGUGAUAGUCAUAGCCUGUAGUAGCAAACAAUCAAAGCCUAAAGCGAGCCCUAAGUCCGGUGCGAAGUCUGGCCCUAAGACUGGCGCCGGUGUUAAACCAGAUCUCGAUCGCGGACUUGAAGAUCACGCGUCCGUUCGAUCGUAUAAUCGAUAG